GCCAGCAGAUGGCGAGUUGACAGAAGGCGUCGGCGGGAUGAUAAACUACGUCGCGGCCUUCAAGUCCGUGUCCAAUCGUCGGUGACCUCCGAGACUUUUCAAAUUUGAACUGCAAAAUCGAUCGACUGUUAUUGUUUAAAAGGGCCGGAGUGGGAUCGCGGCUGAUCGGUCCCGUCACGCGGUCCGCGGGAAACUCGCGCAGUUGCGGAACAAUGAAGGGUCGCUGACUCGUCCUUCCCACUUCCCACGAAUUGUGCACGUUGGAUCGCCGUUCGCCUCGCGAUCGGGGACAAAGGAGCCUGCGAUGUUCACGCCGAUCAAGCCCAAGGAUUACGACUUGGACGACACGGUGCUGAACACGCCGCAGCCGCAGGCGUCGUCGACCGUUUGCGGAAAAAGCACGAUGGAGAGCAGAUUCGGCGACAGGCGGCAUUCGAGUGAGGCGAAGGACAAGCAGGAUUUACCAAAUGAGAAUGACUCGCAGAAAGACGAUAGGUCCUCGUUAGGUCUUCUUGACAAUAUGUCGGGUCUCACAAGCAUAAGCGCGGAGGAGGACAAUUUAGAGCUUGAGUAUGCCAGGAGGCUUCUUCGGAAGUGUAGUGAAACAAAAAACUCUUCUUUAACCACAGAUACAAACAAAGAAAACAAUGCCAAUGUGCAAAAUAUAACUGGCAACUUCACUUUACCAAUUAGGACUUAUAUAUCUGAGUUGGACAAGGAAUGUAUGCAUCACUCAACAAAUAAAGUUAGCACGGCUAGUGUUAAUUUUGAACCUAACGAAAUCACAGCACGUUCGUCUGGCAUCAGCAGCAGUGCUGACGGACUUCCUUCAGUGAACAGAUCUUUUAAUGGCAUUGGCUUAAACGAAAACGAUAUAACGCAAAUUAAUAACGAGUUGAUGGCAGAAAUGAAUAAGGAAGAAUUUCUAUCUGGCUCAAAAAUGGCCGAACAGUUGUCGAUUGAUGAGGCUCGCUGGCUGCAAGAUCGCACGUAUUGUAUGCCAGUCACGAAUCCAGAAAAACAAACAACAGAUUUUGGCUCUCUGUCUGGUAUUAUUGGAGACCUAGAACUAUCGGUGCAGUCUUGUGCCGGACGAAAGGUAUCGGUAGGCCAAUACUUUGAACGAAAGUCUGAUAAUAUAGGAAUAUUAGGAAGUAAUAAAGUAAGACCGAGUUUUGGUCUUGUCUCGGAAACUCCUGUAAGAACGGGCAAAUUACCAGCAUUAGUUGAGUCGACUAUCAUGGCAGAUGCAACAGCGUUGUCGACGGAAUUGACGGAGAAAGAGAAUGUGCUUAUUCCUAAUGCAACAAGAGACGCAGACGAAAAUAGUGUCAUAAGUUUAAGCACUAUUGUUAAUACUUUACAAGAUGUUAAUAGCGAGACGCCACGACGAUUGAUUGAUCAGCUUUUAAUGGCACAAAAAAAGAAGAAAAGUUCAAUAAUACAAGACAAUGCGAGAAAAGAAACUUAUAAUUUGCCUUCCAAUGAAAAAUCCGUCCUAGCGAUGCCCACUACAUGCCAUUUGCCUAUUUCUAACAAAUUUGAUGACAUCAAUAUAAAAAAUGUUUUAGCUAAAUUAUCACUAGAUAGUAAAAAAAGUGAGAUGGCAAAUAAAAUUGUUGAUACAAAGCAGGAGCGUAUGAGAGUUCCUUCAAGUAAAAAUGGGAAGAAUGUUAAAUCUUUCACAAAUGUAUCUAAAAAGAAAAUAUUAAAGGAGGAAGCAUGUAGUAAAAAUGUGAUAUCUUCAUUUAAUCAAGAUUUAGGUGUGUCGUCAACAUCAGAUCUUACGUUUUCUUUACGAAAUCCCACAUUACCAUCCAGUGACAAAUUGACUGCAUCCAACAUAUCAUUUAAAACGAACAAAAUGAAUUAUAAUGAAGAAAGCUACAGUGAUUUAAAUAUACAAAGUAAAGAUGGGAUAAGAAAAAAGGAUAUUUCUAAUAAUAUGAUAAGUUCAUCGCUCUCAAUAAACACGAAUACGGAAAUACAGUCUGAUUCAAAGAAUGUUGUUCUUGGCAAGAAUACAGAAAAAUUAUGUAAUUGCAUUGUUGGCGUGACGAAUGAAAUUAAUGUUGAACUUGUAAACAAUGGAGAUAGAUGGAUUACAUAUAUCAUUAAACUAAUUGAAGUGGUAGGAGAUACGCAAAGUAUUGAAUUAAAUAUUCCUUCGGAAGAUGAUUUAAUAAACCCUAAUGGAUGCCAAUCAACAAAGAUUGAAGUGAAAGUAACAAAAAUGUGCAAACCAAUAUUUAUAAUAUUAAAUAUACAUUUAUCAGACAUGGUAGCAAAAUCAAAAUGGUCUAUGAAACACAUGGUGUGCGUUAAUCCGGAACAACCUGAACUUGACAUCAUAUGUCCUACUGACAAACAGGAAUUAGAUUUUCAAUAUAUUGCAGAGGAAACAACAAAAAUUUUACCUAUAACUCUUCAUAACAAAAGCAACGUUGAUGUGCCUGUGAAGCUCUCUAUACUACUUGAUGCAUCAAAAAUAUUCAGUAUUAAUGAACCAACGCACCUAGUACUUAAACCACUUGAGAAAUUUACCACUAAUAUAAGUUGUAAAAAAUCGCGAUCUACAUCAGAUUCUCCGCAGAGACAGCCACAACAUUGGAAGAGCAAAUUAAUUGUAUAUGUACAAUACAAGGAUGACACAGUAUUACUCAGGAAAGAAGUGCCUCUUUACGCACAAAUAGGUAUUUGUAAAAUCCAAAUUAUCGACACAGAAAUACCUAUAGUUGUUCCAAGACAGCAAGGCAAAUUGGUGAAUAUCCUUAACUCGGGAAAUGUGGCGACCCACGUGUCCGCUACUAUCGUAUCAAUAGAGGGGCAUCCAAACACGACGCAAGAUUUUUCUAUAAAGCCAGAUAAUAUAUUCUUGCAAACUGGAGAGAAAAGUUCAUUCUUAAUUGUAUAUAAGCCACAAUUUUCAGAUGCAAAUUGUAUAGAUGAUGAAAGAUAUGCAAAGAUUAAGUUGGUUGCCGGGAACAAUGUUUACCACUACAUCAUAAGUACCGAACAAAGAUCAUUAGAGUCAGAAAAAGAAAAUUAUCUGCGUUGCCAUACGCCUAAUAAUGUUGUAUCUCUAAGCCCAGCAACGUCACCUCAAAGUAUAACUUCUAAUAGAUCUGGACCUUUCGAUAGAAAUUCACCAAUCAGUACGGUAUCCAGUAUAGCUGUAGCAGGAAAUAUAAUUCCAAUCAGAGCUACACAUGCUGAGCUAGCGUGGAAUAGCGUAAAAACGGGUAAAAGCGAAAUGAAGGAGUUUACAAUUCGAAAUACGAGCAAUAACAAGAUUAAAAUUCAAAUAGAUAUAUGUGACGAUAGUAAGAGUUUUAAGUUUCUCGGAGAUAAACAGACUAUCAAUACAAGCAUGGUACUGGCAAUGCAACGGCAAGAAAUCAAGACACUCGCAGUUGUGUUCAGUCCGUAUUGCGUAGGCCCAGUAGUUGGAAAAAUUACUAUCAAGCAUUAUACAAGAGAAAGUAAUGAUUCUCAACAGUUCAAAAAAAUACCUUUGUACGGAUACGGUGGCUGCAGCAAAGUCAAAAUCGCGGGUACAUUUAAAGAUGCGAGUGGAAAAAUGUGGUUGUCGCUCGGGAAUUUGAACUCCGAAACUACAACUUUGAGUGCAAAUAUCAGAUUGGAUAACAGUGGCGACUUACGUUCAUUCGCCAAGAUCACAGUUAUACCGAAAGUUAUUUGUUCAACAAUGAACUCUAGUUGGUACGUUAAUCCAAAAGAAGUGAUUCUUGAUUCUAAAGAAUCUCAGCAAAUAGCGAUACAAUUUCAUCCGAAGAAAGAAGACUUCGCGUUAUUGCAACGUUCGGAAGUGUCGCACGUCGCAACGAUAAAUGUUACCUAUGGUGAUGAACCGACCCGCUGGCGAAUACGCAGAUUGUAUAACAAAAUAAAAGAAUCGGGUGAAUCAACGAGGAAUGAAAAUGAGGCGUUCAAGAAUAUUGUGCAUCCUAUAUGUAAAACUUUUCCCGGAGAACAACUAAAUCCUGCUAUAGCGUCAAUUCGAGAUUCUAUCCAAAAUCUAAGCGAUCUAUGCACCGGAGUUCAUCAAUCCGAGAUAAUGCUCACGGUGGAAUCGUGCGCGGAUGAUACUUUAUUUGCUGUACAUUAUGACACUGAUGAAUCAGAGAUGUAUCAGUCUUUAAUAAGCGACACCACUCAUAUGGAUGAAGCGGGUGGAGCAAGUUACUUCGCCUCUCAAACUACGACAGAACAUGAAACUCAACGUCCUGAAUUGCAAGGAGAUCAAUUCACUGUAACUCCGUCCACCAUCAUUCUUAAUCCUCCGAUACAGAAUGAAGCAACCGUAACUAUUUUUAGUUUUUUCAAAACGGCCGAGACAUUCCAGACCAGUCUGUCAAAUUCAGAUUACCUCAGCGUCGUUCCUGCGGAAGGAAUACUCCCCGGCAAGAAAAGCUUUCCUUUAAAAAUACAAUGUUCGCAGAGAAUAGAACGUAAUAUGCAGGCUAUACUUGAGGUUUAUACAGAGAAUAAUAAACAGGAUGUAUUGAUCAAAGUCGUCGUGAGGCGAUAACGAUGGAAAUCUGCGACUAUCGGAAUAUUUAUUUAUGUAAUUAUUGUAAUUGAAAAGUUUUAUAAAAGUGAUAUUUUA